GCACGGCGGGCGCGCGCUCCCACGCGGGCACGCGCGUCCCGGCGCCCCGCUCCCCCGCGCGCGCUCCGUCUGUUUUUCCCGGUUGCUUUCGCUCUCACACUCUGAAAUAGGUCAAGGGGUGGAAUUUACACCAGGUACGGCCCCCGGCUCUGAUGCAAAAGCGGCUCUCUCUCCCCGGCUCCGGGAGAGCCUUGCAACUAGUCGGUUCCCUAGAGCCUCCCGCCCCCAUUCCGUGCCGAGAGCGCCGGCGACCGUGGCGCGGACAAUAGUCUGCGGAGGGGAGCCGCGGCGAGCCUCGCGCCCACCCUAGUUCCGCCGGCCCUGCGCCCGCCCUCCCCCAGCACACCCGGAGGAGGGGGCGCGACGGGUCGCUUCGCGCGCUCGGGUCCCCGCGCCCGGGGUCUGACCGCCUAGGUGAGUUCGUGCUCUUCCCCCGCCGUUCCGGUCGCCGAGAGUGACCUGUUUACCUUGAAAACUUAGACGUGAGCAAAACGGGCGAGGGUGCCCUGCCGUAGGGGGUUGCGGGGUGCGCUUCAGAGGCGAACACCCGAUCCAUCAGAGCUCAAGAGCUGCAGGGGACAUGUUCAGUGUCUUAAAGGGCCUGUGUUCCUUUCGGAGACUCAUGCAAAGUGCGUCAUCACGUGAAGGACCUCGCUGUGGAUUUCACUCGACUACUUUUCAUUUACAUUCCACACUGACAAAGUCAUGGGCAAAACCUGUCACUCUCCAAGGGUAAAAACUGCCGUGCUUCACAAAGGCAAGAAGUAAUUUUCCUGUAAUCACAAGAUGACUCAGGAUGGAUCAUGAGGCUGCCCAGCUGGAGAAGCAGCACGUGCAUGAUGUGUAUGAGAGCACCGCACCUUACUUCGGUGACCUGCAGAGCAAAGCUUGGCCUCGUGUCCGCCAGUUCCUCCAGGAGCAGAAGCCCGGCAGCCUCAUCGCUGACAUAGGUUGUGGGACUGGAAAGUAUCUUAAAGUGAACAGCCAGGUGUAUGCCCUGGGCUGUGACUACUGCGGGCCAUUGGUGGAGAUCGCCCGGAGUAGAGGAUGUGAAGUCAUGGUAUGUGACAACCUCCAUCUCCCCUUCCGGGAUCAGGGCUUGGAUGCCAUCAUCUCCAUAGGAGUCAUACAUCAUUUUUCUACAAAACAAAGAAGAAUCAGAGCAAUAAAAGAAAUGGCCAGGGUCUUAGUUCCUGGAGGCCAGCUGAUGAUUUACGUGUGGGCCAUGGAACAAAAGAACAGGCACUUUGAGAAGCAAGAUGUGCUCGUUCCGUGGAACAGGGCCUUAUGCUCGCGGCUUCUCUCAGACCCCAGCCAGCCGGGGAGAAAGCCAUGUGCACAUCCGGAAAGAAGCCAUCCCUACCAUCCUCCGUGCUCGGUCUGUAGCUGUUCUGUUUGUUUUAAAGAGCAGGGUCAUUCACAGCGGUCCCACAGCAUGGACUACGAGCCCCUGAUGGCUGGAACGUGUUGUGCAGAUAUUUCUAAGGAAGGGGAGGAAGAAAAUGGAUUCUCUAACAUGUUAGGAAAAUCUUUUCGCUCCUGGUUUUUCUCUAGGUCUUUGGAUGAAUCAACUCUGAGGAAGCAAAUUGAAAGAGUGAGACCCUUGAAAAAUACAGAAGGUUGGGCCAAUAGCACUGUAUCCAUCCAGCCUUCCAGACACUCCAGUUUAGACUUAGGACACCAAGAACCCCUUUCAACAAGAGAGCAAAGUUUAGAUGAAGACGUGUUUGUGGAAGCGUCUCAGAAACAACUGGAGUGGCCGAGAGCACCAGCCGCAAGGAAACAUCUACGUGGGGACCAACAAGGAGAAGUGAGGAGAAAUGGAGAUGGGAAUUUUCUGGAAGGCGCCAAUACAAGUGAGAACAGCGUGAAUGAGGAUGAUGCGGAGGAAGGUCACCCUUCUGCUGGUAAAACCCUGAGAAGGAUUUCUGCACUUGACUCCACAGAUUCCAACUCGGAGGAGACGAUUCCUGUUGAAGAACAACAGCCCGGCAUUUUGGAUUCUAGAGCCUUUAUGCGGUACUACCACGUGUUUCGAGAAGGCGAGCUCUAUGGCCUGCUGAAGGAGCACGUGGCGGAGCUGCAUGUUCUGAGCUCGGGGAAUGAUCAUGGCAACUGGUGUGUCAUUGCCGAGAAGAAGGACAACUGUGACUGACUGGGUCAUUUUAGACAAUUCCUCCAAAAGGUGAACCAUGUUCUUUUCACUGGGUUUGGUACAUGGUUACCUGAAUUUGUGUCCAAUUUUGUUAUUUUUAAUCCAUUUAUGCUUUGGUUUGUAGAGAUGAUGAAUCGGUCAUCUAGUAAGUUUCUGGAUGAACAGAGAGCCUGGCAUGUAAAGCAUUUGACAAAGGGUAUUCGUAAAUUAUUAAUAUAAGAGAACUAAAGGAGUAAUAGGAAAUGAACAUCAGUACGGAUGGGAUCUCCUUUUCCCUGCAAGGUGAAAUUUUUAUGAGGAUACAUGUAUGUCAUUUGUCAGUAUUAGAUGCUGAUUUUAACAGGUUCUGUUGUUGACUUUUUAUUACUAUUGAAGUUGAGUCAACGUAAAAUGUUAUAUUGAUUUCAGGUGUACAGCGUAGUGAUUUGACAAUUCCAUACAAGAUUCCAUUUUCAUUUUUAUAAUGAAGGGGGUGGGUGAGUUAUGCUUCUCAGAUUACACUGUAGAUCCACAUGCAAGAUAACAGGGAAACUGUUCCACUGUGCAGAUGUAAACUGAAUCACGUGAUACAUUAAUCGGUUGCCGAGGCCUUGCUCUUACUUCAAGUCCUUCAAAAAGUGAGAGAUGGUGGACAGAGAUAAGAGGUGUCACAAGGACUUUUCUAAAUGAUAAGCAGACUUACUUCCAAAUGUAUAAACAACAAGGUUUUCAAUGUUGCAAGGAAGGCUUUUAAAAGCACUAGGGGUGUGUAGAGAGUGGUGGGUAUAGGUACUAGGCACGUGGCAAGUACCCGGGUGGUAUUUUCAUGACCUCAUUGAAAGCAGGAAUGUCUGGUUAAGAUAAGACCAAGACUGACUAAUGAGGAGUUUUCAUCUAGAGUGAUGCUUUUCUUAUGA